UUCUUAAAAAAAAGAAAAAAAGAAAAGAAAUAAAAUGGAAAGCAUUUCACUGUCAUCUGAUGAUGAAAAUACUAAAAAAUUCACUAAUACUCAUAGAAAUCAAAAACCUAUUCAAGCUUCGAGUUCAUUAGACUCGGAUGACUUAGAAGAAAAGUCUAGAUUAAUUCAACAAGUAUUUCAAUUGCAAAAUACACUUGAUGAUCUUUCACAACGAGUUGAUGCAGUGAAAGAUGAGAAUACAAAACUGAAAUCAGAAAAUCAAAUUCUAGGUCAAUAUAUUGAGAAUCUGAUGGCUGCUUCAAAUGUGUUUCAAGGAAGUAAAGUAAAAAGCAAACCAGAAAAGCAAGUAACAAAAAAAUGAAAUGGUUUAUAUAGAUUAAGCAACAUAUUAGUUUGUUUAAAGGUUACUUAAGUUAAGAGCAAUCAAAGUUAUUUUUUUAAAGUUAACUUUUUAAAUAUAUACCUUGUGUACAUAUGCAGAGUAAACUGAGUUGGAGAAAUGCGUAGUUAAAAUAAUUUUACGGAUUUUUUUUCAAAUAAUAAAAUAUAAAAAUGUUUAAUGAAAGUAGCUUGUUUUUAUUACUUUAAAUUUACUUAAAGAGUUUAAACUGGAGUUUGUUAUCUGACUAAACAUCUUUUGAUAUAUUCUAUAAAAUAACAAAUUGACUUAAUAAAAAUGCAUGGCAGCAAUUUAAAUCUUUUAUUUUUUUAAACUAAUUUUUUUUUACUAUAAAUCUAUUUUGACUAAAUAAUUAUAGUUUUUUUUAAAUUAUUUUUUUCACAGUAUUUAUGAUGUUUAUAAUAUUUUAAUAAGUUAUUAAGGAGAAAGACAUCUUGUAUCUUGACUGCUGCUAAAUAUUUAUUCUUAAUACAUUUUAAAUUUUAAAA